AUGGUCAAGUAUGGUGAUAGGCCACAACUUAUCAUGGCGCAAGAGAUGGUUACGCAGAACGGAUGGUAUAUUGGGACCUCUCGCACUCACCACAACACGCACAAGAAGCAGCGCAGGAUCCUCGCUGAACGACUCAGAGCCAAGACCCUGAAACAUUGGGCUCAUCCAGCCGUUCUGCCAGAGUCCAGGCUAUUAUUGCAGCGGCUGGUACGGGACCCAGACAGGUUUACCAGCAUCAUCAAGUGCUUUACAGUCAAUGUCAUGCUACGCACGACAUUCUCCCGGGAUUCGAUACCAAGCCUGGACAACCCCUUGGUCCAUCGUAUCAAUGAUGUCACGGAUCAUCAAUUUAUUUCGCAGAUCCAAGGUCGAUUCUGGGUAGACUACUUGCCUGAAUUGCAAAACCUCCCCGCAUGGUUACCAGGAAUGGGUUGGAAACGGCAGGGCCUUAAAUGGCGCCAUCAAGCUGACAGUCUCUUUCUUGAGCUCUGGAACGAAACUCGUCUCAGAAGCAAAGAAAAGACAUAUGGUUUCCCAAGCCUCGCACAAACACUAAUGGAGACCCAAAUGGAUCAGAUUAGUCUAUAUGAGGGUAUGACCAUCUCUGCUGCUAUGGUAGACGCCGGCACGGAAACACUCACAGGAACGAGCAUUGUCUUCAUCAUUAUCUUCAUGUAUUUUCCCCAUGUCUUAGCCAAGGCUCAAUCAGUCAUCGACGGAGCCAUUGGACGAGACCGGCUUCCAACCUUCGAUGAUAUAUCUCGAAUACCGUACAUUACAGCAAUGAUUCGGGAAGCCUUCCGCUGGCGAACAGUUGCUCCUGUGGCAAUUCCUCACUCUGUUGUCGAAGAUGACUUUUACGAGGGCUACUUGAUCCCAAAGGGAGCGACCGUAUUCGCAUUGUCGCAUUACAUACACCAGGACUCGAAGUUAUAUCCGGAUCCAGAUGACUUUAAACCCGAAAGGUUCUUGGACAGUGCAGGUCAAUUAAACGAUUUGCCGCAUGCUGGUUUUGGCUUGUGA